AAUCAACAAAACAAAAGAACAAAUAGGAGGUUGACGCUGCCUACGCUAAAGGGAUCCACGUGGCGGCCGUUUCGGUUCGCUUCUGUCUGAAAGCCAAGGUCUUUUAACCAGCGUGUGCUCUCCAUACACCAUACACCAUAAACACAACCUUCCUCUUCUUCUUUCUUCUACUUAAAAUCCCCAAAGCAAAGGCCAAAACCACCAAGGUGUGUAAUUGUUUUUCAGUAUUUUUUGUCCGCCCACUUAAACGACUAAAAUUUCUAACGAUACAAAAUUAGAGGAAUGGGUCAGGCAUUUCGUCGAGCAUCUGGUAGAAUCCGAGCAGCCGAUCCAUCUCCGACUCCGAAAAGCGUGGGUGAACAGAGGCCUCCGUUGGGCACCACCGACAAGUUAGACAUCUCGAGGAAAACCACUCAAUAUAACAAUCAGGACAGUAUUGAUUCUGAUGAUGCUCCAAAAGUUAAUGCUGAUAAUGUCCUUGAAGAACGAGAUCCGCAAUUUGAUGCAAUGCUAAGUCAAAUGGUGGGUAGAAUUAGAUCCAAGCCUGGAGGGAAACUGGAGAUUGGUGAGGCAGCUGUGGUAGAAAGGUAUAAUAGGCCCAUGCCAAAGCUGCGGAACACUAAACCGGAUUCUGAUAGGUAUGAAGAAAGAGCUACUCCUCCAGGAACUCUGAACGUGGCACAGCUGCGCCACCUCAUGCUUCUGCAUCAAGGCAAAGCAGAUGAUCACAAUGGGCCUGUGGACAUCCACCAGAUUUCUGAGAAGUUUCAACUUGAAGUUGCACAGGUUCAGCAGAUCUUGCAGUUUGUAUCACUGCCACCGGAGGACAGCAACAAACAGAAAAGUUAUCGGUGAUCAAAGUCUUGCAAUUUUGCAUUACUAACAUGAUUAAAUAAUGAAGAGUUAAUGUUGCUACAUGAAUACAUUUUUGUUGGCCACGCGUGUGUUAGAUCAUUGUACCAUAAUCAAUUUAUGUUUGGGGAUUGAAGGAUGUCGCGACCAAGUUCAUUUUGUUGGUACCAUUCAACACUAGUUGUGGGGUUUUCCUUCACACAAGUAUAGAGUAGGUGUAUUUUUCCCGAGGAUAUUUCUAAUGAAAUUUUAACCUCAUGCAGACAUAAAUUGGUUAA